UUCUCUGUCACACACACACUCACUCACUCACCUAACGCACGCACGCACGCACACUGGUGAUCCUCUCCAUAUCCCUAUUCUCCUCUGCCGCUUCCGCUGCCGCCUGUAAUAAUAGUCCUUCACUACUCAAUACAUUUAGAUCAAAGGGGGCUUAAUUGUGAGAGCAUAAUGUCUGGUGGGCCCUCUUUUGCUAAAUUUCCAAGGUGUCAAGUAGCUUACACAGAAGCCGUCCCAAUUCAAUCCGUCGCUCCCACUGCAGAACCCGAAAACAAAAAGAAAACUGAAUAUUCUUUCAAAAUCCCAAAAGGGCCAAACAAAACCACAAAGAACAAGCCUUGUAUUUCUAAAAAGUCAAAGAAAAAGACCACCUUAAAACCAAAUGUCAAGAGAAAGGAUUUUGACGUCGUUUAUGAAGAAUCAAAAUACGAUUUUUCCAAGCUACCUCCUCCUGUAUGUUCUUGCACGGGUGUUGCUAGACAGUGUUAUAAAUGUGGGAUUAAUGGAUGGCAAUCUUCUUGUUGUACCUCUAAAAUAUCUGUUUUUCCCCUCCCAACGAGGUCAUUGAGGCCUGGGGUGCGUGUCGGUGGAAGGAAAAUGACUCUUGGUGCAUACCGGAAGCUACUUUGUAAGCUAGCAAGCCAAGGUUAUGAUCUUUCUCAUCCGGUUGACCUCAAGGCACACUGGGCUAAACAUGGUACUAAUAACUUUGUUACAUUUAAGUAAAAUUAUUAGUUAGUAUAUGCUACUAGAGUUUUCGAUGUUGUGGUAAAGCUAGUUUCAAUGUUUCAAGACUAUUGUUACCAUGUCUUUUCUGCUGUUAAUAUUAACAUGGUUUGGUUUUA